AUGAUUCUCGCUGCAUCAGUUUGUACGCGUGCCGGCAAAGUCCUGCUGUCACGGCAGUUCCAGGCCAUGAAUGCCGAAAAGGUGCAAACUAUACUGUCGCGACUUCCAAGACUAGCCACGGCGGGGUCACAACAUACCGUGGCCGAAGCUGAAGGGGUUCGCUACGUGUACGAGCCAGUUGAGGAACUGUAUCUGGUGCUGCUGACGGACAUCGAUUCCAAUAUUGUACAGGAUCUGAAAACGUUACGGCUGCUUGUGCAAACGCUUUCAUUCUGUCUUGGAGGUGUGCCCGAAACGGAGCGUCUGGUUGCUGAAAAAGCGUUUGACAUCAUUAUGGCGUUUGAUGAGGUGGUCGCUGAAGGGUACAGUGAAGAUUUGACGCCCAAUCAGGUAGAGACAUUCUUGGAGAUGGAUUCGCACGAGGAAAAGAUCCAACAGAUCAUUGAGCGCAACAAGGAGCUCGAGGCCGCCGAGGAGCGUAAAAAGAGGGCCAAGGAACUCGAGGCCCAGCGUCGGGCUACGGCUCGUCAACAGUCAGCUACGUCUAUUUCUAGCACCUCAACCCUAGGAUCUAACCGGUACGAUGGCUAUGCGUCGCCGUUUACUCAGGACCCGGCCCCUCAAGUUGCGUUUGAGCACAACAGCUUGCAGCUUGGACCAGUUCCCGUAAGGUCAGGCGGUCAGAGCCAGCAUAAACCACGGGGACGUGGGUUACAAUUAGGAAAGAAGAGCCGAGAGGAACAGCCGUUGAUGGCGGAUAUUGACCUGCCUGCUGCGGCGACUCCGCCCGUGGCCACGAGGCCUGGAGCAGCCACAUCUGCAGCUGGCGCUUCGCCUGUGGCUUCGCCUGUGACUUCGCCCAGACAAGCUCACACUGUCCCUGCCGCCGCAUCAACGGGCGCAUAUAAUGCCGCGCCGGCAGCGGCUGAGAAGACGGAGGUGACGAUUGCCGAAGGGCUGACCAUUGAGACCACUCGGGACGGCCAGGUGCAGAGCGCGCGGGUAUCUGGUACGCUGCAUGUAUUUGCUGCUGAUCGGAGCAACCCUCGCCUGCGGAUUCUCACCCGAACGGGCGGCAGUGCUGGUUCGUACAAGACGAAUCCCAAAAUGGACCGGGCAUUGUUUGCUCGACAAAACACACUGGGCCUUCGCGACGCCAACGAGGAUUUCCCCGCGUCUAAUGUUCUGCUGGUCAAAUGGACCGUGGACAACAUCAAGGUGCCUAUCACCUUCAACGUUUGGGUUUCCGAGGCGAGCGACCCUGGAUUUUUGACAGUGACUCUAGAGUACGAGCUGGACCCAGAAUUCGAGGGCGUUCUGGAGAACGUCGGUGUGUCGGUUCCGCUGCCCACGUCGAACGCACAUGUGUCUGAUCCCAGCAGCGUCUACGACCAGUUUGACGACCACCUUGUGUGGAUGCUGCCGCUCGUCACGGCUUCUGAUGCCCCUACUCCUUUCGAGUUCACGGCAGAGGCGGACUCCGAAGAUGACUUUUUCCCGAUGCAGGUCGAGUUCACCGUCCGCGACGCGCCCUCUGCAUUUGGGCUCAUUGACAUCGAAGGCAUCUUGGUCGCGGACACCCAGUCGGCUUUGCCGUUCUCCAAGACUGUUCAGGUUAAAACAGAAUCGUAUGUUAUUCGCUAG